UUCGCCUACAUCAUGUGAUGUAUUCAUCGCGUCAAUCUUGUUUGGUGCGUGCUGGUGCGUGCGUAGGGCACGGUGUGUAGGUGGAAUAUCUAAACGUUUAAAGAAUUGAUCUUAUUUAAAUAUCUAAGCUAUAAAAACACGUCGAAAAUUACGCAAAUGUCUGAAUCAGAUUUAUUAGCUAAUGACCAUAUUGAUGGCCUUGAUGGACUUGAAAAUGGUCAAGAUGGUGAUGCUAUUAUGCAGUGUGAUGGAGUUAAACGUGAAUUGAAUGAAGCAAAUAUAGAUGAUCCAGAACUGGAAGCUAUAAAGGCGCGUGUAAGAGAGAUGGAAGAAGAAGCAGAAAAAUUAAAGCAACUUCAAUCGGAGGUGGAUAAACAGAUGAACAUGGGUAGUCCACCUGGAAUCACGAGCCCAUUGAACAUGUCACUUGAAGAUAAAAUGGAAGUUGAUAAUCGAUCUAUAUACGUUGGAAAUGUGGAUUACGGUGCCACAGCAGAAGAAUUAGAGCAACAUUUCCAUGGCUGUGGUAGCGUCAACAGAGUAACAAUAUUAUGUAACAAAUAUGAUGGUCAUCCCAAAGGUUUUGCUUACAUCGAAUUUGCAGAACGUGAUUCUGUACAAACUGCAAUGGCUAUGGAUGAGUCUAUGUUCAGAGGACGCCAAAUUAAAGUUAUGCCAAAAAGAACAAAUAGACCAGGGCUAUCAAUGACAAAUAGGGGGCCUAGAGGUGUACGAGGUUAUCGUGGUAUGGCUCGAGGGAUAAUUCGUGGCAGUGCAUACUUUGGAUACAGACCUACUAGGAGGCUAAGAAGUUACAGGCGAGGUUACUACAUGCCAUAUUAAUCAUUUUAAACAUAGUGCUAUGGUUCAACGACUUCAAG